CAAAAGUGGGCAUGCCCAUCUUGUAUGCCGGGCCGCGCCCGGGGUCGCGCGACGACGAUGGUGGCCUCUCGACCAAGGUACCUGGCUUCCUCAGCCCAGCGUCGCUCCGAGAUCUCUUGCCACGGAACGCCGCGCGCAUGCACCACAAGCGGCCGCGGCGCGAGAUGCCCGCCUUGCCGCCGCCGCUGCCUAACGCCGCCAGCGCCAUCCGCGCCGACGACACGGCGUGGCAAAAGCAGGCGUGGCCAGACAACGCCCAUUACCGAGCUCGUUUGCGGUCCGACGCCAAGCUUCGCAUUGCGCGCGGUGUCCUCGACAACAAUACGGUCCAAGACCAUGUCCGCUGGAUCAAGAACAACGUGCCAGUUCGAUCGCUGCCCAAGCUCAAGAUCUCCAACCACACCAAGAUCACGUCGCUCACCGACGUCUUUGAGCGACUGCUGCGUCACCGCAUGCAGGCUGCCUUUGACCACUGGCAGCACGGUGUUGCGACCGAGAAGCACGCCGAGGCCAUAUCUGCGUUUACAAAGAGCCGCGCCUUGGGAUCGCUCCAGGGCAUCUGGGAGCGCUGCUGGCUCGCAACUCGCAACCGCGCUUUUGCGUCUCUCGCCACGGAUUGGAUGUGUGCCCGCGCAGAAGAGCGCGACGCCGCGGCGGCCGAGAUCCAGCGGCACUGGCGCCGGCAUCGCCAUCGGCACACGCUCCUGCACACGCGUCAGGACCUAUCGGCGCGCUGCCUGCAAGCCAAUGUCCGUCGCCGCUUGUUUCGAAAGCGCUUUGCUCGCUUUCUAAAGACGGCCCGUCAACACCGCGCGGCGGCACAGAUCCAAGCCGCGUUCGCGAGGCAUCGCGUGUAUCAAGCGUACAAAAUAUGCUCGCAACGGCUCGCACACGAGGCGGCGGCGCUGCGACUGCAGCGCUGGCUGCGCACGUCCGUGUACCGCAAGCAGUGGCUCUUUCGACGGGCAGCGACGCUGCGCUUGCACGAUGCGGCCGGUGUCGUCCAGCGCGCGCUUCGAGCACACCUCGCACGGACGCUUUUGUAUCGCGCGCGAUGCUACAAGGUCGCCGCACGCAUUCAACGCGCGUGGCGCGCCUACGUUGCGUACUGGCUGCGUCGACGCAGUCAGCUCUUCGAUCACCUCCAAUCCGCCUUUGCACUCGGGACACGGCACCUCGCGGUGAUUCUCUUGCAAGCACGGCUACGUCAAUGGAUCGCCAUGCGUCAUGUCGCGCGGCGGCGAAGCCAGUUGGCGGCCGCGCUUGUGCUGCAGUGUGCGUGGCGCCAGUGCUACGCCCGGCAAGUGCGCACGCAACGGCUGCAAGAGCUGCGCUUCGCCCAGUGGAUGGCGGCAACGACCGUGCAGCACGCCUACCGAUGCUACCGCGACCGCCUUCUCUUUCGCCACGUCCUUGCAACGUCGUGCGUGCCCUUGUACUUGCGAGCGGCGCGACUGACGUCUGCGGUCCAACGGCGCCUUCUGUACAGUCGCUACAAGCCCUUUCUCGAAUCGAGCGCGUCGUCGUCGAUUGCGUAUGCGUGGAAGAAGCACUGUCGGUACGAAGGCUACAUGCGGGCUCGACGCGCGUGGGCGUCGAGCGUCUUGCAGCGGGUGUGGCGCAGCACCUGCACGGUGCGCGUCUUCAAACGGCAUCUCCGGCACUGCCACCACAGUGCCCGCCGCAUCCAACGCAUGGUUCGGUCGCGACUCGCAAGAAGCCGCGCGCGGCUCUAUAUUGCACGCAUGCAAAAGGUGGCCCUUGACGCACUCCUUGCACGGCAGAACCAAGCGGCGCUUCGAAUCCAAGCUGCGUGGCACCGGCACCAAGGCCACCUCGCGCGCUUUCUUCGCAAACAAGCCGAGCUCAUUGAGCGCGCGCGCCGUCACGACGCUGCCAUUGCGAUACAGACAUUCGUGCGCAGUCGACGGGCACGGCAUGCGUCCAAAGUGCGUCUUGCGCAAGGCGUCGCCACGAUUGCGCUUCUUGUGCGGGCGCGUCACGAUGCAGCGACAACGCUACAGCGGUUUGUACGAACGCAAAAAGCCACCAAGCUUGGACGGAUUAUGAUGACAAAGCUACGGCUGCAGCGCCAUGCGGCGGCGCAACGGCACAAGCGCCAAGCCGUCAUUUCGGCCUUUCUAAGCGAGAGCUCGGUUGCGCGUGCGGAGGAGGCGGUGCGCAUGGCCGCUGUGCGCGCCAACCACGACAAGGUCGAGGCUGCCAAGGCGCGGGCGGCCGCUGAAGCCGCCGAAGCCAAGCGACUGCGUAUCGAAGCCAGCAAAGCCAAGGCGCGCCCGCCGCCGCGCGAGUACAAGACGAAGAAGAAGACACAAACGCCACCGGACGCAGCGACCACCGCCGCGUGGGUACCAGCCUACGACGCGGCGUCGGGCCAAAGCUACUACUACAACACCCUCACGGGCGAGUCCAAGUGGUCGCUCGAUGCAUCGGCGUAGGGCUCUCAAUGUGAUGUGUCAAGCAAAGAGGAGCCCAAUGGAUCCGUGUCGAUUUGCCCAACAAAGAAACUCGCGGCGAAAGCAUUAUCUUUCAAUGCGUCGGGUGGCAUAGACUAGGGGUAGGGUGUAGCGUCGUGCCAAAGGUAACGACGUGGACGACGA